AUGUACCGGCAAGUACUUCACGCGCCUCAAGACCGACGUUUUCUUCGUAUUUUCUGGAGAGCCCAUCCAUCACAACCACUGCGAGUUCUAGAACUUUGUACGGUGACCUACGGAACAGCGUCCGCUCCUUACCUCGCGACAAGGUGCUUGGUACAGCUCGUCGAAGAAGAAGGCGAAUCUUUACCUAUCGCCGCUCGCAUCGUGAAGGAAGAAACUUAUAUGGACGAUGUGCUUUCCGGUGCAGGCUCGAUAGAAGAGGCCAUCGAGGCUCAACGACAACUACAACAGCUUCUAGGAAGCGGCGGAUUCCCGAUACGCAAGUGGUGUUCGAAUUCUCCUGAAUUUCUCGAGCACAUUCCUAUAGAAGAUCAAGAAAAGAGGGUGUCGUUGGCUGAACGUGGAGUAAACGAGGCUAUCAAGGUUCUCGGACUGCUAUGGGAUUCAUCUGCCGAUACCUUGUACAUCGCAAAUGAAACGAAGCAGUCGCCGCAUCCUCAACACCGAUUGAUCUCUCCAGUAAUUGUUUUGGCAAAACUCCUGGUUCAACGACUGUGGCAACUUAAGAUCGGAUGGGACGAUCCGGUCGAUGAAGACACAGCGCGACAGUGGAAUGAACUGCAAGUCUCGAUGUCUUUGCAAGCACACAUCGCCAUUCCAAGAUGCGUCACCUUUGAAGGAGCCAUUGCUCACGAGCUGCAUGAUUUUUCCUACGCCUCCACCGUGGCAUAUGGGGCUUGUAUCUACCUGCGUAGCCUAUUUGCCGACGGUUCAGCCAAGCUGCGUUUACUUACCAGUAAGUCAAAGGUAGCUCCUUUGGAGGAACUUUCAAUCCCUCGCAAAGAGUUAUGCGCCGCGCAGCUAUUGACGCGGUUGUUAGUAAAAGUAAUACCUGCCUUGGAUAUGGAACUCCGAGAGUUGUAUGUCCGGAAUCGAAUCGCCAUAAUCCAACAACACACUAGUGGAUACCGCUGGGAGUACGUUCGAACGCAGCAGAACCCAGCCGACACCGUUUCUCGUGGUCAACUACCAGAGGGUUUAAAAGACAACAACCUUUGGUGGAACGGCCCCGAGUUUCUCCAGCGAGUGGAAUACGAUACCGAUAUACCCGAAGAAAUUCCCGAACUUCCCGAAUUGAAAGAACCAGUCGUCAUUGCAGCUGUGAAUGUUGUACCAUUUCCCUUUUUCUCCAGAUACAGUAGCUUCCGUAAGAUCCAACGUGUUAUGAGCUACGUCCUGCGAUUCAUUGCCAACUGUCGAAUCAAGGUCCCGACCUCACGAGAGAAAAAUCUUCAUCAAACCAUCUCUGAACUGCGCUCGGCUACCGAAGCUAUCAUACGCGUGGUUCAACAAGUUCACCUGGCUGACGAAAUUCAUCGAGUCAUCAACAAUGAACCCUGCAAGAAGUUGGCAAAUUUGCGUCCUGUUUUCACCAACGGCUUACUUCGUGUGGGUGGUCGAUUGGACCGCUCCCAUCUACCGUUUGAAAGCCGCCAUCCCAUCAUCUUACCGGACAAGGACCCGGUAGUACGCCUUCUAAUCUGGCAAAUGCACAUCGAACAGCUUCACGUCGGGCAGUCAGGAUUGAUGAACGCCAUGAGACAACGCUACUGGCUUUUGAACGCUCGAUCAACAAUUCGGCAGAUUACACGCAAGUGUAUCGGAUGCUUCCGGAUUAACCCAACCAACACAACUCAACUGAUGGGGAACCGGUAUCAAGAGUGGUACCGUCGCCACCAUUCGCAAUCACCGGUGUGGACUAUGCUGGCCCGUUUUUAA